AAAUAAAUCUAGACUAGAAUCGCGUUUUACGAGUAAUAAGGUGGUUUACACUAUAACAAUAACUGUCAUUUUGUAGAAAGAGACGAAAGCAGGAGGGGGGCAGCGUUCUGAAAUGCCGACUUGCGGGCGUGUGUGACAUUUUGAUGUAGAGUGUCUUUGAUGAUUUUCGUCAUGUAUUGAUUUAAUACAUAGAUAUUUCCGAAAAAAGAAGAUGGAUGUCGCAGUGAUAGAAGUCCUUCAACAAGCGGGUAGUCAGGAUCCCACUAUUUUGAAACCAGCUGAACAAACUCUAAAACAAUGGGAAACUGAAAGGGGAUUCUACACUGCGUUAUAUAAUGUGUUUUCUAAUCAUUCCUUGAGUAUCAAUAUUAGAUGGAUGGCUAUUUUAUGUUUCAAAAAUGGUGUUGAUAAAUAUUGGAGAAAAAAUGCUCCAAAUGGAAUUGCAGAUGACGAAAAGGAAUUUCUUAGACAACGUUUAAUAGUAAACUUUGAAGAACCUGUAAAUCAGUUAGCUAUCCAAUUGGCAGCUCUCAUUGCUAAAAUUGCAAGAUAUGAUUGGCCUAGAGAAUGGCGGUCAUUAAUUCCAACCUUAUUGGAUGUUAUAAGAGGACAAAAUCCUUUGGCCCAGCAUCGGGCACUGUUAAUAUUACAUCAUGUUGUUAAGUGUUUAGCCUCUAAACGUUUAGUUCCUGACAGACGACUCUUCCAAGAAUUAACCAGUAGUGUGUUCAGUUUUAUUCUGAAUGUGUGGAAUACUUACACAGAAUCUUUUCUUAUAAUGGCAUCAAAUGGGGCAGACACAAAUCAGAUACAGGAAGCUUUGGAAAAAGCGUUACUUCUAUUGAGAAUUCUUAGAACACUUAUUGUAAUGGGUUAUAAACCUUCAGAAUCCCAUGAUGCUAUGUCAUUCUUGGAAAUUGUUUUUGAACGUGCAAGAACUUGUCUUGAAUGUCGAAAGACAUUAAUUUCAAGAGGUAUACAGAUGGAAGUAUGCGAUAAAUUUAUAAUUCAUUUAACUAAAGUAUUAAUAGGAGUAUUAGAAAUGCAUCCAUUUUGCUAUGUAGAACUAAUACCAACAUCAUUAGAAUUUUCUGUUUUUUAUUGUUUCACUGAAGCUGGUCAAGCCCUAGCUUUUGAAAGAUUUGUUAUACAGUGUUUAAAUUUAAUGAAAGGCAUUUUAUUAUCUACAUACUAUAAACCAGCUAAAGUUCUCAAAGAUACGAAAAAUCCUUUAACGUUGAGAGCAAAUCAAUUGAGACAAGAAUUUUUCACACCUGAAACAUUAGCAGAAAUUUGUUCAAGGCUGGUAACACAUUAUUUUCUUUUAACACCUGCUGAAUUGGAAUUAUGGGAUACAGAUCCAGAAAGUUUUGUUGUCGAUGAUGGCGGUGAAUCAUGGAAAUAUAGCUUAAGGCCUUGUACGGAGUGUCUGUUUGUAGUAAUUUUCCAUCAUUUUGGAGAAGUUCUUGUACCAGUUUUAGUUGAAUUAAUGCAAAGACAUCAUCAACCAGUUGACCCGAAUAAUUUGCAUGCUAUUCUAGUAAAAGAUGCAGUAUAUAAUGCAGUUGGUUUGGCUGCAUUUGAUUUAUACGAUGAGGUAAAUUUUGAUCAAUGGUUUUCAACUACCUUAAAAGAAGAGUUGAAAAUUCGAAGUAACAAUUAUAGAAUUAUUAGAAGACGAGUAUGUUGGCUUAUUGGGCGCUGGACAACUGUUAAGUUAAGUACAGAGUUAAGACCAGAAUUAUACAAACUUAUGGUUGAAGUUUUGAGUCCUGAAGAAGAUCUGGGUAUUCGCUUAGCAGCAAGCGAUGCUUUAAAACUUGCGAUAGAUGAUUUUCAAUUUAAUCCGGAAGAAUUCUCGCCAUAUUUAGAACCAGCAUUCUCUUUAUUAUUUUCGCUCCUAAAAGAAGUAAAAGAAUGUGAUACCAAGAUGUAUGUGUUAUACGUGUUAUCAUUUAUGAUUGAACAUGCUGGUAGUGAAAUAAACCCACUUGUUGGAGCCCUCAGUUCAUAUUUGCCAGCACUUUGGCAAGAAUGUGAAGAACAUAAUAUGCUAAGAUGUGCUAUAAUUUCAACACUUGUACAUCUGGAAAAGGCUUUAGGUUCUGAAAGCGUCCUUAUAGAACCACUAGUAGUAGGUGUUAUUGCAUUAAGUUGUGACGUCAAUCAAAAUUGUCACGUUUAUUUGUUAGAAGAUGGCUUGCGAUUACGGUUAGCUUUACUGCAAAAUGCAGCUGCGCCAACAUUGGCUAUAACGGAACUGACUAAAAAUUUGCCUGCUGUAUUAGAAAAAUCAUUUGAACAUUUAAAAUUAUGUUUGUAUAUAGUUCAAGCAUAUGUAAUAUUAAGUCCCCAAGAAUUUUUAAGUCAAAGAGGAGCGAUUAUAAUCGAAACACUUAGGCCACUUUUAGGAGAUUUGAACUCGGAAGGAGUUGUAAUGAUAAUGACAGUGUUUGAAAUGUGUUUAUGUGCUUCACCUCGGCAAAGUGCAAAACUUAUUAAACCUGUUUUGAUAACUAUAUUUGAGAAGAUGGAUGUCGCAGUGAUAGAAGUCCUUCAACAAGCGGGUAGUCAGGAUCCCACUAUUUUGAAACCAGCUGAACAAACUCUAAAACAAUGGGAAACUGAAAGGGGAUUCUACACUGCGUUAUAUAAUGUGUUUUCUAAUCAUUCCUUGAGUAUCAAUAUUAGAUGGAUGGCUAUUUUAUGUUUCAAAAAUGGUGUUGAUAAAUAUUGGAGAAAAAAUGCUCCAAAUGGAAUUGCAGAUGACGAAAAGGAAUUUCUUAGACAACGUUUAAUAGUAAACUUUGAAGAACCUGUAAAUCAGUUAGCUAUCCAAUUGGCAGCUCUCAUUGCUAAAAUUGCAAGAUAUGAUUGGCCUAGAGAAUGGCUCUCAUUAAUUCCAACCUUAUUGGAUGUUAUAAGAGAACAAAAUCCUUUGGCCCAGCAUCGGGCACUGUUAAUAUUACAUCAUGUUGUUAAGUGUUUAGCCUCUAAACGUUUAGUUCCUGACAGACGACUCUUCCAAGAAUUAACCAGUAGUGUGUUCAGUUUUAUUCUGAAUGUGUGGAAUACUUACACAGAAUCUUUUCUUAUAAUGGCAUCAAAUGGGGCAGACACAAAUCAGAUACAGGAAGCUUUGGAAAAAGCGUUACUUCUAUUGAGAAUUCUUAGAACACUUAUUGUAAAUGGGUUUAAUAAACCUUCAGAAUCCCAUGAUGCUAUGUCAUUCUUGGAAAUUGUUUUUGAACGUGCAAGAACUUGUCUUGAAUGUCGAAAGACAUUAAUUUCAAGAGGUAUACAGAUGGAAGUAUGCGAUAAAUUUAUAAUUCAUUUAACUAAAGUAUUAAUAGGAGUAUUAGAAAUGCAUCCAUUUUGCUAUGUAGAACUAAUACCAACAUCAUUAGAAUUUUCUGUUUUUUAUUGUUUCACUGAAGCUGGUCAAGCCCUAGCUUUUGAAAGAUUUGUUAUACAGUGUUUAAAUUUAAUGAAAGGCAUUUUAUUAUCUACAUACUAUAAACCAGCUAAAGUUCUCAAAGAUACGAAAAAUCCUUUAACGUUGAGCAAAUCAACUGAGACAAUGAGAGCAAAUCAAUUGAGACAAGAAUUUUUUACACCUGAAACAUUAGCAGAAAUUUGUUCAAGGCUGGUAACACAUUAUUUUCUUUUAACACCUGCUGAAUUGGAACUAUGGGAUACAGAUCCAGAAAGUUUUGUUGUCGAUGAUGGCGGUGAAUCAUGGAAAUAUAGCUUAAGGCCUUGUACGGAGUGUCUGUUUGUAGUAAUUUUCCAUCAUUUUGGAGAAGUUCUUGUACCAGUUUUAGUUGAAUUAAUGCAAAGACAUCAUCAACCAGUUGACCCGAAUAAUUUGCAUGCUAUUCUAGUAAAAGAUGCAGUAUAUAAUGCAGUUGGUUUGGCUGCAUUUGAUUUAUACGAUGAGGUAAAUUUUGAUCAAUGGUUUUCAACUACCUUAAAAGAAGAGUUGAAAAUUCGAAGUAACAAUUAUAGAAUUAUUAGAAGACGAGUAUGUUGGCUUAUUGGGCGCUGGACAACUGUUAAGUUAAGUACAGAGUUAAGACCAGAAUUAUACAAACUUAUGGUUGAAGUUUUGAGUCCUGAAGAAGAUCUGGGUGUUCGCUUAGCAGCAAGCGAUGCUUUAAAACUUGCGAUAGAUGAUUUUCAAUUUAAUCCGGAAGAAUUCUCGCCAUAUUUAGAACCAGCAUUCUCUUUAUUAUUUUCGCUCCUAAAAGAAGUAAAAGAAUGUGAUACCAAGAUGUAUGUGUUAUACGUGUUAUCAUUUAUGAUUGAACAUGCUGGUAGUGAAAUAAACCCACUUGUUGGAGCCCUCAGUUCAUAUUUGCCAGCACUUUGGCAAGAAUGUGAAGAACAUAAUAUGCUAAGAUGUGCUAUAAUUUCAACACUUGUACAUCUGGAAAAGGCUUUAGGUUCUGAAAGCGUCCUUAUAGAACCACUAGUAGUAUGUGUUAUUGCAUUAAGUUGUGACGUCAAUCAAAAUUGUCACGUUUAUUUGUUAGAAGAUGGCUUGCGAUUACGGUUAGCUUUACUGCAAAAUGCAGCUGCGCCAACAUUGGCUAUAACGGAACUGACUAAAAAUUUGCCUGCUGUAUUAGAAAAAUCAUUUGAACAUUUAAAAUUAUGUUUGUAUAUAGUUCAAGCAUAUGUAAUAUUAAGUCCCCAAGAAUUUUUAAGUCAAAGAGGAGCGAUUAUAAUCGAAACACUUAGGCCACUUUUAGGAGAUUUGAACUCGGAAGGAGUUGUAAUGAUAAUGACAGUGUUUGAAAUGUGUUUAUGUGCUUCACCUCGGCAAAGUGCAAAACUUAUUAAACCUGUUUUGAUAACUAUAUUUGAAAAUAUGUAUAAGGAAGAAGAAGUUACGAUGACGAUGACUAUGUAUUUAUCUAUC